AUGGAGGAGGAGAGCAAGUUCUGCAAGAACUGUAAACGAGAUGUGUCUGCUGCCAAUUUCUCUCUCCACGAGGCCCACUGCAUGCGGUUUCUCGCUAUCUGUCCAGAAUGCGAUGAACCUAUUGCUCUAAAGGAGAUGGAGGAGCAUCGGGAAGACGCACAUAAGCAGGUCAGAUGUAAACUGUGUCACCAAAGCAUGCAGAAAUACCUGCUGGAGAAUCAUGAGUCCAAUGAAUGUAAUGAGCGAUCAAUGAAAUGCAUAUUCUGCAAGCUGGAAAUGCCCUUCAAUAAGCUGCAGAGGCACCAGGAGGCCUGCGGUAGUCGCACGGAGCUCUGUUGGGAAUGUAACAAAUACAUCAUGUACAAGGACUUGGACAAGCACAAAGACGUUUGUCAGAAUGGCAAGAAGCUAUCAAGCAAUGGUGAGAUGCACUAUCAACCCAGUGAGGAGUCUGCUCGUCAAACCUCGAUUCUCCCACCCUCAGGUCUCAGUGACAAUCUUUGUCAGCAGUGCAAUAAGUACUUCCCAGAUGACCAGUACCUCCAACACCUGACUGAGUGCAGCCCACUCUCCAAACUCGCGGAUAUUCUCGCCAGCCAGUCAGUUACAAAAUCCCGCCCGCUCCCACCUUCCUCUCUGGUGACGUCUACCCCCCGUGAGAAUGCAGCCGUGGCGUGGAAGGACGUUCGCCCGAAGCGGAAGGAAAAGGACUUAUCUUCUGCCUCCAGGCCCUCACUCAAGCCACUGAAGAACAAAAAGUCAGCAGGGCGCCCUGCUUUCACUGCCACAGUGGAUCCCGUACUGCCUAAGGCUCUUGAAGACCCAAUGACUUACGAUGUGUUGGUGACCUGUUCCCAGUGCAAUAUCCUCCUCCCAGGUCCGACUCUAAGGAAGCACGAGAAAAAAUGUCUGCGUCUAGCUUCUUUGCAAAAUCUCAGGAGGAAACCAAAAUGGAGUCCUGGAAAACAAGGUACUACAAUAUUUCUAAGAAAUACAGUAGAACUCAGUUAG